GAAGCAAACAGGCUUGAUUAAUUUCCUAAGAGGAGGAGGAGGAGGAGGAAGGCUGGAUCGUGGCCAAUCGCAAGAGAAAGGAAGACGUGCAGCAGUGGGGGGUCUGGUGACCUUUGAGGAAGAGGAGGAGGAGGCAGCAGCUGUGCAUUUCACGGAGGAGGAGUGGAUCUCCUGGAUCUGGGCCAAAGCGCUCCGCACAGGGAAGCCAUGGAGGAGAAUUAUGAAAUUGGAGCCUCUUUCAGUGAGGCAGUCAACGUGCUGAACCGUUGCCUGGCUGCGACAAUGGACUGGAUGAGAACUAACAAACUGAGACUCAAUCCUGACAAGACUGAGAUGCUGUUGGUGGAUGGUUUCUCUGAUCGGAUGGUGGAUAUAUACCCUGUCCUGGAUGGGGUUACACUCCCCCUAAAGGAACAGGUGCGUAGUCUGGGAGUCAUCUUAGACUCUUGCCUCACACUUGAGGCUCAUGUAGCCUCGGUGGCCCGGAAUGCGUUCUACCAACUUCGGUUGGUAGCCCAGCUACGUCCCUAUCUGAGUAAGGAGGACCUCUCAUCAGUGGUACAUGCUAUGGUAACCUCGCGUCUGGACUACUACAAUGCGCUUUACGUAGGGCUACCUUUGAAGACGAUUCGGAAGCUACAGCUAGUGCAAAAUGCGGCAGCCAGACUGCUAACAAGAACUAAGCGGUCUGACCAUAUAACACCUGUUCUGGCUCGCCUGCACUGGCUUCCAAUAUGCUUCCGGGCCAGAUUCAAAGUGUUGGUACUUACCUAUAAAGCCUUAUACGGCGCGGGACCACGAUAUCUGUCGGAACGCCUCUCCCGAUAUGAACCGGCCCGUACACUACGGUCUACUACGAAGGCCCUCCUCCGGGUUCCGACCCAUAGGGAAGCCCGGAGAGUGGUGACAAGAUCUAGGGCCUUCUCAGUGGUGGCCCCCAGACUAUGGAAUGGUCUCCCCGAGGAGGUGCGCCUGGCACCGACACUAUCAUCUUUUCGGCGCCAGGUUAAAACCUUUCUCUUCUCUGAGGCAUUUUAAUUCCUGUUAAUUGUAAAUU